AUGUCAUUAGAAUAUAAAGGUCAAGGUAAAUUUUCAUCUUCAUGCAUCUACACAGCUGUGGGUGAUACAGUUAUUAUUCCAUUUGAAGGUGCAAAAUUACUUGCAGACGAUGAACUGAGAUGGACACAUAAUGAAAGGAAAGUUUAUUUUAAAAAACAUUCACAAGUUACGCACAGCAAGUUCAAUGUUACCCAAGAUGGAUCUGUGAUACUGGAGAAUGUACAGAAAGACAGUUCUGGGGAGUACAAGGGCAUCGUCUAUAAUGCAAUAGGAAACUUAAAAAAGCGAACUGUACAACAGCUCUGUGUACUGGAGCCAUUACCUGAACCUACAGUUUUGGUGGAGUGCAUAGAAAAAGGAGUAAAUCUGACUUGUGCAGUGAACAACAGUGAAGUUGUUGUGUCCUGGAUGAAAAAUGGCAUGAAGGCUAAUGUGACACACGCUGUUUUACACAUCAGCUCAUCUGAGCUAGAAUCUGGAAAUAAUUUCUCAUGCACAGUCAGCCACAUGGGAAGACACAAGUCAGCAAAAGAGGUUAAGCCAGUGUGCCCUGACACAGGCUUAGAUUUAUGGUGGAUGCUGGUGAUCCUGACAGGGGGAGGAAGUGUCCUCCUCAUACUCUUCAUCAUCUGCCUAGUCUGUGUCUGCCGCUACUGCAGACGAAAGAAGAGGAGAGCAAAAGAGGAAGAAGAGUACCGGCUUACAUCUCUAAUGCCCUAUCACAAUUUUCUGCCUGAUGAGCAGUACAUGCAGAAAACCACAUUGCCGAGGCCUUCCAGAAGCCGGCGUCCUCUUCCACCCUUACCCAACCCCCGAGGUCCUCCUUGUGUUGGACCCCCAUGAGAGAACAACACUCUCAAAAAUAAAGGUGCUUCACUAUGGCACAGAAUAACCUUUUGUCUAAAUGGUUUCAGAAAGAACCUUUAACAUCGGAAGAACCUUUCUGUUUCACAAACGGUUCUUUGUAGUGAAAGAACGUAAAAAAAAGUGAGAAAGAGAUGGUUCUUUAAAGAACCUUUGACUGAAUGGUUCUUUGUGGAACCAAAAAUGGUUCUUCUAUGACAUCGCUUGAAGAACCUUUUGAAGCGCCCUUAUUUUUAAGAGUAAACAGACUUCAAGAGACAUUGAGACUAAAACCAAGACACAAAGGGACUACCAAUGAAAACUAGCCGUCGAGCUAAUCUGGGUACAUUCACAUUCAUAAAUGUUGAUUAAUAUACAUUGUCUCUCUUUUGAAACUAAAUAAAUAAAUAACCAUUGCUGAAUGUAAUAUUGUAUAUUGUAUAAAAUUGAUCAUAUAAACUAUUGGUCACAAAAGUUAGGAAUAAUUAAGUAAUAAUUAAAUGAUAAAAACUAAUAAAUAAAAUAAUAUUUUAAUAUUCUUAAGCUCACUAAACGAUGCACACACACACAAAAAAAAGACAUAAAAGAAAAUUGUAAUCAUUUCACACUCUUAGUGUAUGAACUUAGUGUAUGUAAAAGAUUUAGAAGCAUCUGAUCAUGUUUUUAUUUGAACUCUUUUGAUAUUUUUAUGAUAAUUGAUAAUCUUUAUAUUAUUUUUUGCUUUAUUUUAUUUUUUGAAGGGGGGGUUCAACCCUUUUUCUCAUGCUUUUACAUAGUAUGCUGGAUGACUGCAAAUUUGUUGCUAUUGAUUUAAACUCCUUUGCAAAUAGAAAUCAUUCCACUGAAUCUAGGUCACUUCCGUAGAGUAUGUGCAGUUCUACAUGAUGUUUUGUGAUUGGGCUCUGCGACCCCACCUUUGUACAUGCAAGCACAACAGACUUGUUCUUGCACUUUUCCGGUUUUACCUGAUGUUAUUGAAUUGUGGUUGUGAGAUGUGCUCCAGAAAUAAAUAAAUAAAUAAUAAUAAAAAAAGAAUUCUGAUUUUUUUUUUUUUUAUUUUAUUAAAAUAA